UUUUAAUUAAUCUAACCAUCCAAACCAACAUAUACAAUUGCAGGUUGAUCAAGUGGUGGAAAUUUAAUGAGUAAUAUGAUGAGUGAAGGACAAUCAAUUCGGAAGCCACCAUAUUUUAAUGGCAGAAAAUACGAUGAAUGGAAGGAGCGAAUGAUAGUAUUCAUUAAAUCUAUUGACUACAAGCUUUGGCUUGUGAUUAAAAAUGGACCCACAAUUCCAACAAAGGUAGUAGAUAAUGAAGAAGUGCAGAAGAGUGAAGAUGAAUACGAUGAAGAAGAUAUGAAGAAUUUGGAAUUGGAAGCAAAAGCAAAAAACAUUUUAUAUUGUGCCUUGAGUCCAGAAUUUUUUGAAAUAUUUUCAGAAACUUCAAAAUCAACCAAGCAAAUAUGGGAUGACCUUCAAAGGCAUAUGACAGGUUCUCCAACUCCUACAAGACAACUGUCCGACAAUACAAUAGACUCUGAUGUGGAUCAAUUUAAUGCUCCUGACCAAUACUUUUUACAGGCAACAAAAGAUUCUAAGAAGAAGUUUUUGAAGUUCUGCGUGCCACUUCACAAGUAUGGUUUAGAAGGCAAUUGGACAGAAGCCAAAGUGAUCUUAGACAAAGAUAUGAGACUGAAACAUGCAGCAAUAACAAGUGGUUGGAGUACACUACUACAUGUUGCUGCAGGAGCAAACCAUGUUCACUUUGUGGAGGAGCUGCUGCAAGUGCUGAGUGAUGAACACAUCGCAUUGCAAGAUAGCAAGGGCAAUACUGCCUUCUGCUUUGCUGUUGCUUCUGGAAAUAUGCACAUUGUUGAAUUGUUGCUGAAAAGAAACCCCCACCUACCCAGAAUCAGGGGUGGAGGAGGACACACCCCACUAAAGUUUGCUCUAAUGCAAGGAAAAUGUUACAUGGCACAGUUUCUCUAUGACAAAACCGAACAAGUAUUCGAGGAUUUAGACCGAAGAUCCUUGUUCUUCACCUGUGUCGAGACCGGAAAUUACCACAUGGCCUUAGAAAUGGUAAGAAAGUGGCCCAAUCUAGCUUGGGAACGUGAUCAGAAUAAUGAUACAGCUUUGCAUCUCUUGGCUCUAAACAAAAAUCCUAUGGAUUCUUGCUGUCAUUCUCCACAGCUUCCCAAUCCCAUCAAGAUCAAUCCAGGUAAAUUCUUAUAUUCAAAACACAUAAGCAAAAUUAGGACAUGUAACUUGAAUUUUUAUAUACAAUGUAGCUUUCAAAUUUUCCUUUUUCUUUUACAUAUGUUUUUGUUGGUUUAA